AUGGACCCUACUAGAGCCCCUGAUUUCAAACCAGCUUCUGCAGAUGAAGAACCACAACCUCCACCAGAUCCAACUUCUACGAUCCCAAAAUCUAAACCAAUUGUUCCAUAUGUCUUGGCAGAUUAUAAUUCAUCCAUAGAUGCUCCUUUUAAUCUGGUAAGUUUAAAAAAAAAUCUGGCCUAUCAAAGGAAAACGAGAAGGGUUCUCGUCGUAAGGUUCGUCAUUUUAAAAGAUCCAAAUGUUGCAUUUACCGUAAGUAACAAUCAUCGUCGUUCAAAUCAUAUUCCUUGGAGUCAAUCCGAUUUCCAACCUUUGUCUGAAAAUAUGUCCAAUACAGAAGAUGAUGACGAGGAUGGAGAUGAAGAUAAAGCUUAUUUCGAUGAGGUCGAUCGUAAUUUGGAUCUAGGCUCAAAAUCCACUUUCGAUGAUAUUGAUGAACAGAUGGGUGGAAUCAGUAUAGGGGUACGAAAAAAUCAGAUCGCUGAUCUUGAAGAAGUGCCUCAUGGAAUCGUUCGUCAGGCGAGAAAUAUUGAAAACUAUGAAUUCCCAACGCACAGAUUGGCCAAGAGGUUACAGGAUCACAACAAAUUGCCUUUGGUCAUUGUGGCGUGUGGUUCUUUCUCUCCGAUCACUUAUUUGCAUUUACGAAUGUUUGAAAUGGCUUUGGAUGCUAUCUGCGAACAGACCCGCUUCGAAGUCAUCGGUGGCUAUUACUCACCUGUGAGUGAUACUUACCAGAAGAGAGGGCUGGCGGCUUCUCACCAUAGAGUGCGUAUGUGUGAACUGGCAUGUGAAAGAACUUCUUCCUGGCUGAUGGUCGAUGCGUGGGAAUCUUUGCAGCCUACUUACACGAGGACCGCUAAAGUCUUGGACCAUUUUAAUCACGAGAUUAACGUCAAGAGAGGUGGUGUGCGUAAUGUUACUGGUGAUAAGAUGGGUGUCAAGAUCAUGUUACUCGCAGGGGGCGAUUUGAUAGAAUCCAUGGGAGAACCAAAUGUCUGGGCAGAUGCAGACCUGCAUCAUAUUCUCGGUAAUUAUGGCUGUUUAAUCCUCGAGAGAACAGGUUCAGAUGUCAGAUCUUUCUUAUUGUCGCACGAUAUCAUGUAUGAACACAGGAGAAACGUGUUGGUAAUCAAACAACUGAUCUAUAAUGACAUUUCCUCUACAAAGGUUCGUUUGUUCAUCAGACGUAAUAUGUCGGUUCAAUACUUGCUGCCUAAUUCCGUCAUCAGAUACAUUCAGGAACAUGGGCUGUAUGUCAAUCAAACAGAGCCUGUCAAGCAAGUCAUGGGUACCAAAGAUUGA